CCUCUUGCAGUGAAUUUAGAACAACAACAACAGAACAACACACCAAGUAAAUGGCAAAUUCAGAGUGCUUUAUCCUCAAGUUUGUGGAAUCGGAAUACAUGCCAUUAUAUGUGUUUGGUAUUGCAUUGCCUGCUAGGACGCAAAGUGACAAGAUGUAUUUAAGUGCGACGAAUUCAGGAAUUAUUCUCCCUACGUUAGAUUUUUCUUGCGAAUGAUAAUUUUUUUUUUUCUUUUCGGGCGCCCAAUGGCGGCUUGCGUUCACUUCAUGAAUGAACAGUAAUUAAAUAGUAGUAAAACAACCGUGAUUCGUGUUUGGUGUAUGUAAGAAUUUAGGUUCAAUGGUUUCAAUGAACAUGACACUGUCAAGUAUAGUAAUUCAUUUGUUAGUUGUUGUUUUGUCCGGACUACCUCAUGGCCAAAGUGGAUCGGAGAGUCAUCAGAAUCGUUUGGGCAGUGAGAGGACAGACCUGCUUCAGGAUCAAGAGAGAUCUUUAUUACUUGUCUCCACAUUAGAUGGAUCUUUCAUCGGAGUUGACCAACAAACCGGGGAUGUUCGCUGGAAAGUUAAAGAUGAGCCAACUAUUAGAAUGCCUAUAAAUUCUGACAACUCUAUCAUGCCAAUGUUUUUGCCAGACCCAAAAGAUGGAUCUUUGUAUAUAAUCAACAAAGAAAAUGCUUUAAAAAAGUUGCCAUUUACAAUUCAACAACUAGUAGCAUCAUCUCCUUGCCAAAGCACCGAUGGAAUAUUUUAUACAGGAAAGAAAAUGGAUAGUUGGUUCUCAAUGAAUUGGCAAACCGGAGAGAAAGAACCCAUUUUCAGUUUUGAUCAACCAGACAUAACUUGUCCUGCUACUCUCUCGCCUGAUGAAAUGUUCAUCGGGAAAGCAGAAUAUAACAUUGUGAUGCACGACAACAAACAUAAAGAGCGACGUUGGAACGUAACUUAUGUUGGAUACACCUCAACAUUAAUGUCAACAGAAGAAAUGAAGAAUUACAAAUUACGUCACUUUACGGGUAGCUCAUCUGGACGGUUGGCAACUUUUGAAAAUGCCUAUGGAUCUCUUUUGUGGACACUAGAUGUGAACUCACCGAUAAUUGGAUUGUACUUGAAGCAAGGUGAUGUCAUGGUAUCAGUGCCGUUCACGAGCUUGGCAGAGGAGUCUCUAUUGGAAAUAUCUAAAUCUCAGCAGGCAAAGAACUUAUUCCCUACACUGUACAUCGGCAGACAUUCCCAUGGUAUGUAUGCUUUUCCAAGUCUGACAACUGCUAAGGAUGUGAAUUGGCCACCCCUCCUUGACGGACCCAAAGAAGAGAUUUCCGGCUCAGUUAUUGCAGGAGAAACUGAGACAAAUCCUCUGUUUGGUCACCAUCGCGUACCAGACUUCAGUCCAACACGAUUGCUCCAAAUUGGUGGGAGGUCAGACCUUAUCAUUCAGUCCAAUUUAUCUACGUUCAAUCGCUCUGCAUUUUUGCGUCCCACAGCCCAGUCUGUCCCUUCUUUACUAGAAGAAGAGGAAACAGAUUGUGUUGAUAAUACCUUUCCAUUCAGUUUUGUAAACUUACUCUUAUCAUGGGUAAAAAACCAAGAAAACUUAGCUCUAAAGUUUGGAAUGAUUGUUAUUCUAGCUAUGAUGACAAUAAUGUUUUUGUAUCUUAGAGCGCAAGUGCGGCAGCUAAAAGAGUCUUCCCGAAAUUCUUCCAAUGUUAGCUUCACAACGUCCAUACCUGGUAGUAUUACAGCAAUUGCAGAAGAACUACCUGAUGGAACGACCAAAGUUGGCAAAAUCACCUUCAAAGUGUCAGAAAUUUUAGGGAAGGGCUGCGAAGGCACUUUUGUGUUCCGUGGUGAGUUUGACAAUCGUCCAGUUGCUGUUAAACGGUUGCUACCGGAGUGUUUUACUGUUGCGGAUAGAGAGGUGUGCCUUUUAAGAGAAUCAGAUGAACACAUGAAUGUCAUUCGUUACUUCUGCACAGAGCAAGACAAGCAAUUUAGGUACAUUGCAUUGGAGCUUUGUGCAACAACCCUCUAUGAAUAUUGUGAAAAAGGCACACUGAAGGAUAAAAUUACACCACUAGAAAUUCUGCUCCAAGCAACCGCCGGUAUCGAACAUCUCCACUCUUUGAAUAUUGUGCACAGAGACAUUAAGCCGCAAAAUGUACUCUUGUCCAUUCCUUGUAAUCAGUCCGGCUCUGUCCGUGCGAUGAUUUCAGACUUCGGAUUGUGCAAAAAGCUCCAAAGUGGCCGUUCAUCAUUUUCAAAGCGUUCAGGGAUAGCCGGUACUGAUGGUUGGAUUGCUCCAGAAAUGAUUGCUAAUAAUACCCGCACAACAUAUGCUGUUGAUAUUUUCUCUCUUGGAUGUGUUUUCUAUUAUGUUUUAACAGAUGGUAAACAUCCUUAUGGUGAUUCAAUUCACAGACAAGCAAAUAUCAUGAAUAAGAAUUUUAAAAUCAGUGGUAUCUCAGAUAUUCUCUUUGAAAGCUUGAUAUCAAGAAUGAUUUCUCAUUGCGCAUCAGAGCGGCCUCCAGCAUCUGUGAUAAAAGUGCAUCCAGUUUUUUGGGACAAAAGUCAUAUUUUGAACUUUUUACAAGACAUCAGUGAUAGAUUGGAAAAAGAGAAGUUCCAUGUGCCAGUCAUGAUAGAAUUAGAAAAAAAUUCUCUACAGGUCAUAAAAGGUGGUGACUGGCGACUGUUAGUUGAUGAAUAUGUUGCAUCUGACCUGCGAAAAUACCGAAACUAUAGAGGUGAGAGUUUAAGAGACUUACUUCGUGCCUUGCGCAAUAAAAAGCACCAUUAUAGAGAGCUUCCUGUUGAAGCUCAGCUCAGUUUAGGAUCAAUACCAGAUGAAUUUGUAGAUUACUGGUUGAAGCGCUUUCCAAGACUUUUAUAUCACACUUGGUCUUCAAUGCAAUUUAUCAAGCAUGAAUCAUCUUUGGUCAAAUAUUAUGAUAAGAAUUAUAUGUUUCCGAAACCUAAAACGGAAGGUAUUCCUGAAUGGCUGCAAAUUUGUAUCGAUAAAGAGCUGGAAUUAGAGAAACAGUCAUCUAACUCUUCAGCAGGAAAAUUUUCACCAGCAAGCAGGGACUCCAUUAAAGAAGAUUCGCCUAAAUCGAGAGUCAAGUCAAGCAAGGUUGAUGAGCCAAAUUGGCGGUUACCCUCAGCAUAUAUUCCUAGUAAAGACUGUGAUAAUAUUUCAAUAGAUGACUGUAAUGAAAAUGACACUCCUAGAAGUAAACCUGUGAAACCCCGUUAUAGGCGGCGACCAAAGGUUGCUGAUAAUGUAACUUGGUGUUUAAAAGAUGGGUCUCCAAAUUCGUGACUUUCGUCAGAAGUUCAUACUGCUGUAUACUUUUUUAUUACGUCUUUUCUGUCGAUCUCAAUUUCCCUCUUAUGAAGCCUUUGGAGAAGUCAAGACCUAAAAAACAGAGGUAUUUGGAGUUCAAAAUUGUAAUUUUUGGGAUCAUGAUAUCGUAACAAGUGAUAUUUCAUUAGACUAUGGGUAUGCGAUUAUCCAAAAAUCUCAAAUAUUCAAGUUGGAGUUCUAAUUCUAACUGUUACUUCUAUAAUUGAACCUGCUACGUUUUAAUUUUUACCAGCCAUGACGUUUCUGGUUUACACUAACUGAUAUUGUACGAUAAUGUUACAAAGGCUUAAGAUUCAACUGUUCAGAGCUAAUAUCUGGCUGGAUGUCCUGUUGUACUCUCCAGAGAAAUUUGGUGUCUGGUAAUUGUAUCUAUCUGAUCAAUUUUCGGUAUCUAGCAACGGCUUUUGCCUGUCCGAUAUCCGGUUUCCAGUAUUUGAUCACGUUAUCUGUGAGACUGAUUCUGGUCUCCAGUAUCCCAUCGCAUCAUCUGUGAGAUUGAUUUCUGUUGUGGAUAUCUAGCCACCACAUCUAUUUUCUAAUCUCGAUACAGGCUAUUGACCUCAAUAGUAGUUUCCAUUCCACACUAUGUGUGUAGUUGAUUGUUCUCAAUGAUACCUUUCUAGUAAUCCCAUCAGCAAGUCUUUAUCUUGCUAUUGUAUUAUACUAUCUAGAACCAUACCAAUUGCUAGUUUUUUCGGAUUCACCCUAGCUCUUACACAAAUAUCUGCGAUCAUAUUUCAAACGUUAAUGUCGUUUCAUCUUCUGUAGUAAUCACAACGUCUAAGUGUCUUAUGAAUGGUAACUUCAUCCUCAAACUUAUUGUGUGUUGUAUACAUCAAGUUGCAAACUUCCCUCAAUGUGCACUUCCAAUGAAUCGAAUGUGCAUUUUUUCUGGUUCUACACUUGUGAUAAUUAUGAUUAUUAUGCACAAAAAUUAAUUUCCUCUAAUCAAGGUUAUUGUUUGUAUUUGCAUCAUUCCAUUGACUGAAAAUUUAAAACAAGGAAUCAUCAGCAAAAGUCAUGAAAUAUUGGAUUUUUGUACGUCAAAUUUUUUAAAUUUUUGGACAUUGUAAAUAAUUUUUGUAGAUAUUUCUGAAUUUAAAGUUUUGAGUUUGUCACUGUUUUUAUUUUGUACACUUUUAAAGUGAUGGAAAUGAAGGUGAUGUUGGUUUUAUGAAAGGAAACUAGGCAAGAACUUGAAGAAAAGCAGGACGUUUUAUAAGGCAUUAAAUGGGUUUGUUAAUUCAAUCUUCUAUUACACAUACAGAUAAAACAACAUAGAGAAUUCAGGGAGAAAAGGGUAGAUACAUGCAUAAUACUCAAGUUGAGCCACAGAGUGCAGUACCAUACAGAUGAGCGCCAACAGGUGAAGUUAAGAAAAGUUUAAGUAUUUUAUUAUGACAAUGUCUUUUUUGCAAGGGGAAUUUUUGACAGUUCUGCGUUUUCACGCGCAAAAUUUUCAUGUCAGGCAGAAAAUUUUUGUAGACAUCUCAGUCAAUUUUGCCUCUUUUGCUGUGGACGCUUAAAGUAAUUUCAUCAAACGGCCAGACGAUUUCUUUGUGCUCAUAAGAUCCCAUUCUUCCAUUUACAACCUCCGACACAAUGACUUCUCUACCAGGUCUAAUCUGUGCAACCUCCUUGUCUAGUUCUUCGAAGAAGUGAUCCUUCACUGCAACAUCACCAUUUACCAUGCAAACUUCAAACACUGUCACCAUAUGACAGUGCAAUAUUAGGUUUCUUUUUGAUCUUACGAACGUCGGUAGCUUUCCAGUUCUCGAUGCAUUUCCGUAAUUCUUUGCAAAUCAGAAUUGGAACACCGUGCUGUGCAUGUGGAUGUGUCUUCUCUCCUCUUCAGAAUCAAUCAUGGUAUCCAAGGUUUACGGAUCUGUCUACGGUCUUUUUUCUUCGUUUCAGUUAGUCGUUGUCAACCCCAUGAUUUUCCAUCUCCGUUACCACUUCCGUCCAUUAUCUGGAAAUGCCCCGCAGAUUCCAAGUUCCAAAUAAAAGGGUCUGUUUCCGUUUUUUUUGUCGAUUUUUGUGUUGAGUU